UCACAGUUCUUCAAUCACACAUGUCCCUCCAGAUCUUUUAUAGAACCUCCACAUAGACUCUGUAAUUGACAACAGAUGCAAAAGGCUAAACUGUUGUCAUCAAGGUGUCACCAGGAGAUCAAAGAAACAUCAUCAAUAUCCCUGAGCAGAUAAAAGGUGGAGAGGAGAAGAACCAAAGAAGUAAUAAGUGUCCAGUAUGAGCCUGGCAGACAUUAUUGAAGAAGAUUACUAAUGCCAAUUUGCGGAACUUUGAACUGUGUCAAAGAACUUUAAAUUUCAAAGAACUUUUUCUGUUGAGGGCAGCAUUGCACCUCUCAGAGAAACAAUUAGAAAAGCUUUAAGCUGCGUUAUAGAGAAGCUUCUUAGAUAGAAGAACGAAGCAGAUAUAGUGAACAACCAUGGAUCGCGGCGUCACAGAUACAGCAUGUGACAUUGAAACCAAAAAAAAGCUGAAGCAAUUGUAUCAGUUGGUGGACAACCUGGCUGAUGAUGUUGACCACACAGAGAUGGAGCUCCAGGUACUAAACGAUGGUCCUCAGCUGCAGUUUGCCGGUCUAUGGGAUGAGCUGGAACUCUCCAACCAGCUCACAAGGCAGCCUGUCAGUGACCUGAGACCUAAGACUGACAAAGUCUCUGACAAACUGAAGGUUCAGAUGAAGAAAAACAAGCAUCUGAAAGCCAAGCUGAACAAGGAGCGCAUGUGGAAACUGCAGCUGCAGACUGAGAUGACGAAGAAUGAGAUUCUAACCAAAGAGAGUCAGUCUCUGACCAAGAAGAUUGAGUCUUUGACAACGGAGAACAAGUCUCUGGGUGAAGAGAAUGAGUCUCUGAGGAGAGAGAAUGAGUCUCUGAGGAAAGAGAAUGAGUCUCUGGACAAGGAGAGUGGAUCUCUAGACACCGAGAACGAGUCUUUGACAAAAGAGAACAAGUCUCUGGCUGAAGAGAAAGAAUCUCUGACCAUAGAGAAAGAGUCUCUGACCAAAGAAAAGGAGUCUCUGAAAAAAGAGAAAGAGUUGCUCACCAAAGAGAAAGACUCGCUGAAAAAGGAGAAAGAGGUGCUGACAAAAGAGAAAGAGAUUUUUAACUCAAAGAAUGAGUCACUGACCAAAGAGAAUAAUUCUCUGACCAAAGAGAAAGAAUCUCUGACCAAAGAGAAAGAAUCUCUGACCAUAGAGAAAGAGUUGCUCACCAAAGAGAAAGACUCGCUGAAAAAAGAGAAAGAGUUUUCUAACACAAAGAAUGAGUCACUGACCAAAGAGAAAGCAUCUCUGAGCACAGAGAAUGAGUCUCUGACCAAUGUGAAUGAGUUUCUGACCAAUGAGUAUGAGUCUCUGAACAAUGAGAACAAUUGUCUGACCAAAAUGACCCAGUCCCUGACACAAGACAAAGAGCUGCUGACCAAAGAGAGGGAGUCUCUCACCAAAGAUAAAGACUGUCUCGCUGCUGCGCUGAAAGAGGGCUGGACCUUGAGACGAGAGUUUAGUCAGGAGAUGAAGAGAGUCAGAGCAGACAACCUGAAGCUCCAAUCUCAGAACAGUGUCUACACACAGUUCCUGAGAGUAAAGAAGUGUUCGUGUUCAAAGCGGAUGCUUCACUUCUUUGGUUUCCACAAAAAGUGAGACUCAUUAGUGGUGAUUUUGGUCUGGAAAUGCUGGUGGGGUCAUGCAGGAAAAUCUUAUCAUGCAAUCCAGAAAUAGCACAUAUUUCUCUCAUACCCUCACAACCAAAACUCAGUAGCAAGAGAGAGAGGGCUCCACAGCACCUUUGACCCAAAAGUGCAGCUGAAUAAUGGCAUCACACAAACAAUGUCAAUCUGAUGACAUAUAUUAUCAUAUCAAUAGCGCCACCAAAUGGCAGUGUUCAAAAUCUCACGAUCGAAACAACAACGUGACAACAAUAAAAACACAAUGCACGACUCAUGGCGUGAACGCCGCACACACACACAAUAUACCACAGCCAUUUCAGCACCACGGACAGGUUUACAGCUGCCACUGGGAGCCCACGUGAGGUUGUGUCCCCCACACACACACGUUACAGAAAUUCCACUAUAAUUCAAACAAUAUGUUAACUACAUUAUCAAUUAGAAUAAAAAGAAAUUAGACUCACUGCUCACUUGUUGAAGAGGAAUGACACCCUGCAGUCCUUCAUGUGCGCAUGAAUGUCUCUGUGACCUUGAAUUAACUCCCAAUAUGGCAAUUGAUGGAAAAACUCAUCUGUGAACAUCUGGUUUUGGGGGCUUCACCACUGCAUCAAGGUCUUUGUGAAGAAAAAUGAGUAGACUCAAAUGUUAAAUUGCAGGUUUGUAUUUAUGGUUUAUGGUUCCGAUUAUAAUUAGGUCAAUCCUGUGUAGCAACAUCAGAAUUGACAACACAACCUGCAAUUAACAAUUAGCCAAGUGUCCUUUAGUGACUUUGAACAAAGAGAGGCGUG